AGAAUCAGUAUAACCAGACAAGACCCGCGAGACUUGCGAAAACUUGAGAAUACACCGGCUGAUAUUUGAUUAAGCGCCCGCACCAUCGGCUUUUUCACGGCGACUAAUUCUGGAAUCCGAAACAGGCGAGUUUUAAUGGCAAAUUAGUCUCCUCUUCCAUAACCUUGCGAAAUAACAUGAUCGGUGAGAUUUUGGUGGUCGAUCCGGCCCAGUCACCUGUGCCAGACACCGUAACUCAGUUGUUUGAUCCUCUGCAAACAAAAUUCACUACAUUCCCCAAUAUCACGUCACUAUGUAUUUACCUAUCGACCUAUGCAAGCUACACAUUCACGAAGGGGCCUGCAGGGCUGGAGCGCACUUCUAACGUGGACGAAGUCGAACUCGACCACUUUGUGGGGCUUCUUAUCAACACAGACAAACACGGCGACGGCAGCGCGCUAGAUAGACUCCCCUUUGCCCAACAACAAAAGUUGCUCAGCUACCGGUUUCACCAUUUGAACCUCGUGGUGGAGUGUCUCUCCCUGAGCGAUGCCCAAGUGGGGGCAAAACUUUGUGAGCAUUUUGUCCCCACGUUACACAAAAUUCGCAACUUAAUCAAGACACGUUUGCUAAGGGUGCAAACAUGGGUCGGACUAACAGACUACGACAAGAUACCGCAGCUGAACACUAUGCCCACCAUGUUGCGAACCACUGUGGACAUACCGACGGGAAUGGAGUAUAUAACGCUCUUGAGCUCGGAUAUCCGGUAUAUCGAGCUGCUGAAGAUUCCACACGACGAUGCAUACUACAAGAAAAAGAUUGCCGAUUGGGAGUUCCACGCGUUUGAGCUCACCAACGACGAGCUGUUGUAUUGCGGUUAUCUUAUGAUUUUGCGCGUUCUUAAGGAUUACAAGGCGGAAUUCCAGACACCCGAGUUCCAUAACCGCGUGCUGCUCUUCUUCUUUUGCGUGCGAGAUUACUAUAGACAGGGCAAUCCGUUCCACAAUUUCCGCCACGCAAUUGACGUGAUGCAGGCCACAAACUAUUUUUUGGAGACUAUUGUGGAGUCGGCGUACGAGUUCCAGUUCGGCACCCAUGAGAGAUUGGCGCUGUUGCUUGCCGCUGUGGGGCAUGACAUAGGACAUCCUGGCACCACGAAUGCGUUCUUGGCGUCUUACAAAACGCCGAUCGCGAAGAUAUUUAAUAAUGAGUCUACAUUGGAGAAAUACCAUCUGGCUCAGUACCUCAACAUCAUGAAAUGUUUUUUUGUCAAGGAUGACCGAUGCGUGGAGAUUGCCAGAUGGUCAAUUUUGGCAACCGAUAUGGCCCAGCACGACAUGUACGUAGGGGAGAUGGACAGGAUUGCGGAUUACAAGGAGCGGCCCGAGAAGCUGAAACUGAUGUGCGCAAUCAUCCUCAAGAGCGCAGAUAUCUCGAACGUUUGCCGGCCCAUCGGCGAAGGAGUUAAGUGGGGUUUAAGUCUGGGCAACGAGUUUGCCGAAAUCGCGCAGCUGGAAAGCGUUCUCAAAGGCGAGGCCCCUGUUCAGCGGUCCGCCGUGCCGCAAGUGUCGCUGGCCAAAAUCACGCCUCAUGAGGCUGUGCAGAUGGAGCCGAAGUUGGGAGCGUCCCAGAUGUUCUUCAUCAACCGCUUUGCACUCGAUUUCUUCACGAAAGUGGUGCAGAUCAUCCCCCCACUCUCUUGCCUGUCCCGCGAGCUCCACAAAAAUAUCGAUUUCUGGCAGGUGACCGGACGUACAGGAAAUUGACUUGGUGACUCUGGAACCACAUUUUUCGCGCAACGUAUAUAAUAUAUUUUAGAUAAUCUCAUUACUUCCCCCAACUAUGAUCUCUACCCUGUCUCGCCAGCUGGUCAGAUCUACGCCAAGACUGUUUCUGAGAAACCAAUCGAACGUGCUGAACCCUAAAUCGAUCGUUUCCACGCACUCUGCGGGCCCUGUGGUGCUCAAAUUUACCGAUCAGCACGAGUGGUUAUCGCACCACCCAGACGGCACCACGUUUGUGGGUAUCACCAAGUAUGCCUCUGAUGCAUUGGGCGAUACCACAUACAUCGAGCUUCCACAUGAUUCCGUGGGGGAAACCGUUUCCAAAGGCGACGUUAUCGGCUCGGUGGAAAGUGUCAAGUCUGCUUCUGAAGUGUACUCUCCCGUGGACGGCGAGAUUGUGGAGGUGAACACUGCGCUCGAGGAGAGCCCGGAGCUCGUCAACAAGGACCCGAUGGGAGACGGGUGGAUUGUCAAAAUGAAGGUCAGCGAGCUGGACGGCGACCUGCUUUCGGAGGAGGACUACAUCAAGUUAUUGCAAGAGGAGUAGGUUAUAUAUUAAUUCAUUUGUUUUGUUCUCGCUCCCACUCUGGCUCAGUUUUGGUUUUCAGCUGCAGUGCAUGGACGCCCUCAUUCUGUAGCUCGUGGUCAAGCGCUUUGUACACCAGCCGGUGGCGCGCCGGCAGGGGCACUCCGGCAAACUUGUCGCUCACGAUGGUUAUGCGGAAAUGCGACUCAGUGGUGUUGGUAGCGCCGCGAAUACCCGCAUGGUGUGCGUGUUUGUGCGAGUCGUUGGCAAUAGCAAGGUACUUGGGUGAGAAUUCGCUCGUAAGCUUGCGUUUAAUAGCUGUUUCUAUCGGCCC